AUGGGUUAUAUGAAAAUUGCUGAGGAGUGCCACCUUCUUAUUCUUGCAUUUGUUAUUUUCCUUGUCAAAAACCAAAUUUAUCGAAUUCUAGGUCAAAGUGACAUCGUUCGGAGGCCAACAUCUGCUGCAAAUGUAUAUUACGAAAACGGAAUGUAUCUGUUGAAAGAAGUCAAUACGGAUGAUUUCAUCACUUCGAUGCGAGCCAUUUAUCCGCCUUUCUGCGAAGACACUGGUGAGCACGACUCCUUUAUUGUACAUGUUUCAGUUCCAAAUAUAGGUGCUGAUGUGGGAACCCUUCUUUAUCUGGUUUCUCACUUUGGUAGAGCACAUCGUAUGGGAAUGUAA